AUGACGUUGAAUCAACUAAUCGUGGAUGAUGCAUCAACAGCGAAACAAGUGUCAAGUCAAGAAUGUAGUUAUUUAGGAAGGUUUAAUACAACAGGCUUUGGUUUGAUUCGAGCUUAUGAGGGGAUACCAGAAAAUUUAGUGGUUAAUUUAAUUGUAUCAGCGGUACAACCAAAUGAACAAAAAUUUGCUCAUACGACCAUUGCCAAUUUGCGAGCAGAUUCUAAUUUGUUAUGGAUUCAUGGUGUGGCAUCAAUUUUUUUUGUUUUGACUGGUAUAUUUGUGGCUUAUUUAUAUACAAAUGCAACGAGAUAUUAUGCCAAAGAAGAUCUGGCUAGUCGUACGCUAUUAAUACGCGGUAUUCCUCGAGAAGCAUGUGAUGAAGACAAACUAACAAAUUAUUUCAAAGAAGCUUAUCCGUAUUAUCGAAUAACUCAUUUGACACUGGCUUAUCAUAUUGCUCAACUUCAACAUUUGUAUAAACGAAGAGAAUUUUAUCAUCGUGUGCUGGAUGCAAGUAAAAAAAUAUAUGAAACUACUGGUAGAAGACCUAUUGUACACAAUAGUAAAUGUGGACAAAUCUGCGUUCUGUCAGAAUGUUGUGCAAAAGAGAUCGACGCACUUGAAUAUUAUGAAAAGUUAUAUGAUGACUUUAAAGAGAAAUUAAUUGAUGAAUAUGAGCAUGUACGAGAGAAAAAGAUUGGUAUCGCUUUUGUUUCAUUUGAUACAGCGCCACAGGCAUUAACAGUGUAUUCGGAUUUUCGUGCUACAUGCUGUGCACGUGAUCGUCGUCCGGAAACAUCUUCAAGUAAAGCAAUGAAAAUACAUGAAUGGAUUGUCAGCUAUGCACCUAGUCCGAGAAAUAUAAUAUGGAGAAAUAUACCAUUAAGUGAAGUGUCACAUUGGUUUCGUAUAAUUAUCGUUAACAUAAUAUUAAUGUUUUUUAUGAUAUUUUUAACAACACCGUCGAUAGUUAUGAGUACGAUUGAUAAAGUGGCAAAUAAAUAUCGAUCAAUAGAUCCGUUGAAAAGUGUGACAAAACAAAUUCAAUUUCCCGUAUUUAUUACAUCAGUAAUGCCUGUUCUACUGUUACGUAUAUUUGCAUCGGCUAUGCCUUCAUUAGUUAGUGUGACAUCAUUAUUAGAAAAACAAUGGAAAAAAUCGGCGUUAGACAAAUCAAUGAUGGUUAAAUUAUUCAUAUUUUUAUGUAUGAUGAUUCUAAUACUGCCAUCACUCGGUUUAACAAGUAUUGAAAGCUUUUUACGUUGGGUUUUUGAAACAGAAGGACCACCAGGAAAAGUUACAGAAAAAUUUCGAUGGAUGUGUGUAUUUCUUCCUGAUAAUGGCGCAUUUUUUGUCAAUUAUAUUAUCACAUCUGCAUUCAUCGGCGCAGCCAUUGAAUUGUUACGUUUAGCUGAUCUUGUCUAUUAUUUAUAUAUUAUUGCAACGGCUAAAUCAAUAGCAGAAAGAAAAGUUAUAAGACAUGCAUUACAAUUCCCAUUUCGUUUUGGUGUUCAGUACGCAUGGACAUCUGCAGUGUUUUGUGUAAUUGUAGCGUAUGCUAUAAGUUGUCCACUAAUAACACCAAUCGGACUCAUCUAUAUGUUAAUUAAACGCGCUGUGGAUAAAUACAAUUUGGUAUUUGUUUAUGAUACUGAAAUAGCUGAUAAAAGUGUACAUCGUUUAGCUGGAAAUUUUAUCAUUAUUGCUCUUAUUAUUCAACAAUUAACACUUUUAUUCUUUGUACUAUCACAACAACCGGCCGGUCUUCAACAAUUGGACGAGGGGGGUGUUAGUGAAUUAGCGAAAGCAGACCAAAAGCCAUCAACAUCGAAUUAUAUUCCAAGUGUCUUAACUACCUUAAUUGAUGAAUUCGAAGGUGAUGGCAAAACUGCUAAUCGUUCAUCUGAUCAUCGUUAUGGUUCAACUGAUAUUAGUGAUCAACCAAUUAUUGUUGGAGCGGAAGAUGAAAAUGAUCUAUUAACCGCUUAA